AUGUCAGCUUUUGUACUCCAUGGGAUUCUCGGGGUAGCAGUGGCGUCCUAUUCUCCCUGUGGUCCUAGCAUAGCUUCUGACAUGGAGUUAGUACUUGAUAAACGCUACCUAUUGGAUGAGCAGUGUCUGAGGGAGUUCCUCAGGUCUGAAGCUGCAGGAAGAGGUACAGACUCGAUGGUGGUGAAUGGAACUCUUGGAGAGUCGGUUACUUUCCAUGUCAAUAUUCAAGAACCACAGAAAGUGAGGAGCAUUGCCUGGGCUUCUGAAUCAAGUAUCGCUUUUAUAAAACCCGGAGUUGGAGGAGGAGCACCUGAAGUUUUUGUGUCCCACUUCAUUUAUAAAGGACGAAUAGAGGUCAUGGGUCAGCACUAUAACCUGGUUAUUAGACACCUGAGGAUGGAAGAUGCAGGAACUUACACAGUAAACAUAAACGACGAACAUUCUACCGUCACCAAACGCUACCACCUGCAUAUCUACCGUCGGCUUGGAAAACCAACAAUUACACAGAAUUUGACAACACUUGAAAACAACACUUGUAAUGUCACACUGACGUGCUCUGUGGGGAACGAAGAGAAGAACGUGGCAUACAGUUGGAGUCCCUCUGGAGAGAAAGGCAACGUCCUUCAAAUCUUCCAUUCCCCUGAGAAUCAAAAGAUGACUUACACGUGUAUGGCCCAGAACCCUGUCAGCAACAAUUCUGACUCUUUCACUCUCCCGCAAUCCUGUACAGACACUCGAGGCUCCCAUGUUCACCCUGCUGUGUUGCCAAGUGGACUAGCUGUGCUCUCUCUUUUUAUUCUCAUUGCGGUGUUGGCUCUUCUGUUCCAUUUGUACAAGAGAAGGCAAGGUAGGAUUGCCCUGGAAGGUGGUGUUGUCCCAAUGGAGACAAUAUAUUCUGUAGUUUCAAGAACUGCUCAUCAUACAGAGUCCACAAUCUAUGAUGAAAUCCUUGAAUCCCAGGUGAGGUCCUGUGCCUAUGAGGAAGAAGCAGUGAACACCAUUUAUUCCACGGUGCAGUUUCCUGAGAAGAUGAGGAAAACCAACAUAAAGGAUCACAGACCUCCCAAGACUCUGAGUAAUGAAUUUGUCAUCUAG